UAGUACAUCAUUAACAAUUCAUUAAAACUUUCUAGGUGAGCUUGAUGAAAUGUAGGGUGGGAUUUUAUCCAUGUGGAACUGAUUGGAUACUGAAAGCAUCUUUAUGUGUUAAAAGAGAGAGAGAGAGAGAGAGAGAGAGAGAGAGAGAGAGAAAUGGAUGCUGACUACAAAAAGGAGGGUUAUUUCAUUCUGAAGAAAGGUUGUAAUUCAAACAUGCUUGUCCUGUGAAUAACACACAACACGGCCUCUACACACACUUUCCUUCAAGUUAUUCACAGAAGUCUGUUUGCAAAGCUGAUCCAGAAAUCUCAGAAAUUUCCGAAAUGCUUCCAACAGCAGCAGCUUUCUGAGGGAAAUGAAUCGGCAAAGCUUUUGAUUUCUUUAAACGGAGAUCUGCUUCAGAGUUCAGUGGAUAUUUGCACCACAUGUGUCCAGCAGAAAACAUUUCCUCAGUUUUGUAAGCGUAACGCUGUGUUUUUGAAGCUCGCUGUCCUCAUCGUGCUCUGAAGGGCACUUUUACGAACGACCAGAUGCCCUUCAGCUCCAGUCAAACAUCUCAGCGAUGGCCAGAAUAAUAAUGGAAGUCAGUGUGACGUAAACAAGGAACGCUAUCCCUCCAUAAUGCAGCUAAUGAUUCGAUUAUACACUUUUAGCUUGAGCUCAAACUGCUAAAGUUCGUCCUGAACCUGCAGCAUGAAUGAAUGACAUACUACUAAAAGCAGAAAAUAAAAAAGGGUCAAACUAAACAGUUCUCUUAACCAUGACCUGUACAGCUUGUUUUGGGGAAAAUACAGUCCAUCAAAUGUGCAUUAGACCACAGAGCGAUGAUGUUUCAUUGCUGUGUGACCAGUGAGCCAGAUAUGAUGUGUUUUCGACUCAUUAUCUGCUGAAUUACUCAGGUCUGCAGUGCUGUUUGUGUCUGACUCCGUGAGCGUCGUGUCGAUCGUCUCGUUGGCUGAGAUGCGGUUGAGUGCUUUGGCCCUCGGCCCCGUCGCCGCUCAUCACAUCACAGACACAGAAGAAGUGACGUGUUUCUCUCGACCGAUGAAUCCACAGGAGCCUCAGUGAUGAACGGAUCCAGCUAAUGCAGAUCUGCUGGUCUGAAUCCGAUCGUUUCAUGGGUUUCAUUGAACGGAAUGGACAGGAACGCUAAAGGAAGUCAGGAACAGUCUUCACAACGCAGCGGCUGUUAUGCUGGUUCCUGAUGGUCAAACCGAAGACGGAUUUGAGACUCAUUUCGCCACUAACUGUCUAGGUCACUUUCUGCUGACCCGCCUUCUGCUGGACAGCCUGGUGCAUUCUGGGAAUGAUGGCUGGUGCUCAAGGGUCUUCAGCAUCUCGUCCUCAGCACACUAUGCUGCUGGUGCUGGUCUGCAGGAUCUUCUCAGCAUACUCCGGCUGAAGGUGCAGCUGAUGUUUCUCUGGAUCUGGAAGGAGUUGGUGGAUGUUGUGUGUGUGAAGGUCAGCAGGUCCAGUCCUCAGCAGCGUCUUACGAUGAAGAUCUUCAGGCUGGACUCUGGAGAAACACCUGCGAUCCUCCAGGACUCACUCUUAGUUUAACAGAGUUCCUUCAUGUUUGUGAACUGGACUAACAUCAGUGGAACUGAAGGUGGACGUCGAGCAGAUGCAGCGCGAAUGAACGAUUGACAAUCUCAUACCGGAGAACUGUGACCGAUGGAGGAAACCAUGUAGCUCCUGUCCAUUAUUUCUGGUUCUUCUGAAGGGCUUGGCGCUGUUGAAGGAUCUUCCCUCACUGUGAGUGUUUCUGUCAUGACGGUAUAAAAAAAAGCUCCCUUCCACCAAAAUCUCCUGCAAAGUGCUGCUGCAGUUUCUUCUCUUCUCUCAAACCUCUGCUGCGUUUGCUGAAGCUCCCGCUCUGCUCAGUAACAAACACUCAUUUCACCUUCUUGAAAGUCAACAUGACGGACUCGUUUCCCUAUAAACAUGCUCUCAAUGUGAAUGAUUCAUCCGUGCACGUUAUUUCAAGUAAACAAUGUCUGUCUUUGUAAUUGUUAAUCAAAAAGUAGUAACUCCAUCUCCAGUUAACAGAGAACGUUCCCAUAACGUUUUUUAAAGGUUAUGCAAAUGUAAGGACAGACAUUCUUAAAAAAAAAUUUUAAGGAACGUACUGAUAAUGUUUUUUUAAUACGUGUUCUCAUCGUUCUCAGAACAUCAUGUUCAUUCAUCAGUAACAACAACUGAAGGUUCUCAUAGUGUUUUCAAAAUGAUAACGUGGAAUUUUCCUCUAACGUUCGCAUAACUUUUUUAUUAAUUUUAAUUUUUUAAUUAAGUCCAUUAACUAUAAAAAAGAGAGAAAAUGUAAAUGUAACGUUCUCAUAUUUUUUUUUAAAUGAUAGAAUGUAACAUUCCUCAAACGUUUGCAUAACCGAGAAGAAACAUAAAAAUGGGUUUUAAACCUUUAGAGAACAUUUAAAUAUAACAUUCUCAUAACGAUUUCUAGAUGAUAGAAUGGAAUGUUUGUCUAAUGUUUGCAUAAAAACGUUCUGAAUACUAGAGUUGUUCCGAUUCCGAUACUAGUAUCGGAAAUAUCUCCGAUACCACAACAAAUUCUGGCAU